GGACAGCUGGGCAAGUUCCCCGGCCGCUAAGAGGCGCUCUAUUUUGGUGACGGCAGCUACUGUUACGGCAACUCCACUACCGACGCCACCAUCACCAAACAAAGCCAAGCCGAACGAGAACUGUACAGGGAGGGCUCAUAGUUGCGGAUGCACGGUUUUCGAAACAGUCGGGAGAUUGCGCCAUUCUAUCGGAAGAGACUGCCGCCGUCGCCGUGUCUCACUAUCCAGGCAAUCUCUUCCCGCUCGCCCCGAACAAGCUACCUGGCUCCGAGUCAGCGAUCUGAAACGGCUUAACCAAACCCUCCUAGCAAACAGGGGGGCCUGGAAGAGCACUGUCCCGCCCUUUGAUCUCAUUGGCGGCCUUUUUGUCCUAGCCUGGUAUCCAACUCGCCAGCAUCGCCGGGCAAAACGCCGCAAUUGCAGCUUACAGUACAGUACAGAGCAGCUUGUUGAUUUGCCCCUCCAGCUCACUGUGGGUUGCUAUAAACACUUUUCCGCGGCUUGUGGAGCAAUUGCCCAGGUCACGCCUAUUCGCAAUAAUUACCCAGCAUUUUAUUCGUUCUGUACUUCAACGGUCGCGUAAGAGCUCAUUCCUGCUAACCCCGCGCCUAAGAAGGGAACUAUCGUGACCAUGGCACACGCACUCCCCAUCGUCCAUUCGGCAGACGACUUCUGUUCCAAGCCGUUUGACUAUCUCAUUAUCGGUGGCGGCACGGCUGGAUUGGCCAUUGCAGCGCGCCUUGCUGAACGGAGUAAUCUCACCAUAGGUGUGGUAGAGGCGGGCGUUGCUGCUCUCGGGGAAGAGCUGAUCGACAUCCCGGCUUACUACGGCCGCUCGCUCGGUGGUAAACAUGAUUGGUGCCAUGAAACAGCACCACAGCCUGGCUUAGGCGGGCGAAGCCUCUCAUGGCCUCGCGGCAAAGUCCUUGGCGGAACGAGUGCGCUUAACUUUAUGACUUGGGUUAGAGCUAGUCGGGAAGACUAUGAUGCCUGGGAAUCGCUUGGCAACCUGGGCUGGGGAUGGGACAGCCUACUACCAUUCUUCAAAAAGUCGGAAACAUUUCACCCUCCAUCUCAGGCGCUUCGAGAAAAGUAUGAUGUCACUCACAACCCAGACGUAUUCGGAACAUCUGGUCCUGUUCAAAUCUCGUACAAUGAAGAAUACUCUGCAUCGCACGCUUUAUGGCACGACACCUUGAACAGCCUCGGCGUAAAGACAAACCCUUCGCACCACAGCGGCUCUAACAUUGGCGUUUGGACCAACAUUAAUACUGUUGAUCCACGGGUCUAUGAACGCUCCUACUCUGCUACAUAUUUGUCGGGUGUUGAACUUAAUAACAACCUGCACAUCAUCACUAGUGCAUCCGUCAAGCACAUCAACCUGGCAAGCAAUGAAACAGGUCAUCAGGCUACUGGAGUCUGUUUUGAAUGGAAUGGACAAGAGUAUCAUGCAUCGGCCAAGCAUGAAGUAAUUGUUUCUGCUGGAAGUGCCAAAUCUCCGCAGGUGCUCGAACAAUCUGGAAUUGGUCGUCGUGAUAUUUUGGAGGCUGCUGGCGUCCCGGUCCUUGUAGAUAGUCCCAUGGUAGGAGAGAAUCUCCAGGAUCAUAUCAUGUUGACCACAAUCUUUGAAGUCGACCCCUCUCUUUCCAACCCAGAUGACCUCAACACAGAUUCCCAGGUAGCUGCAGCCGCAGCAGAGGCAUACAAGCGCUCACGAUGCGGCCCAUUGACUAUCUUGCCCUGUUCAAUCUGUUACAUUCCACUAAAACAAAUCGCUUCGCGGGAAACUCUGCAAGCCAUGAACACCAAGGCUAAUCAAUCAACCGCAUGGCACCCAGACAAGGCCAAAAUCAUGAAUGAACGAUUCAAUGGUGAUACAAACACGGGCCAAAUUGAAUACAUUUUCGACUUAGGCAAUUGGAGUGUCUUCUUCAAGGGUGAAGAGGGCAAAAAGUACGGCACCAUGCUGCAAAUUCUCCAGUAUCCGCACUCCUUGGGCUCAGUCCACAUCCGCGCCAAGGGUGAAGAGGAUGGAGGCCACCCCCUGAUUGAUCCUGGCUACUAUUCUGGAACACAUGGCGAUUUGGACGUCGAUGUCAUGCUUGAGUGCUCUCACUUCCUUGACAAGAUUGUCAAGACUGAGCCCCUAUCAAAAAUUAUUCGCGGCCCGGCUGCCCCUGGUCCCGGUGUGAUUGGCGACGACGCCAAGAUGCGAAACUGGAUCAUCAAUAAUACCGUUAUUGACUGGCACCCAGUUGGAACUUGUGGCAUGGGUGGUCGUGGAGGUAUCCAAGCUGGUGUCGUCGAUGAGCGCCUUCGUGUCUAUGGCGUCAAGGGUCUUCGUGUUGCGGAUGCCAGUAUUAUGCCUUUGCAAAUCAGUGCUCACUUACAGGCGACAGUGUAUGCCAUUGCAGAGAAGGCUGCACACAUGAUACUGGAAGACUUGGACAAUAGCACGUAAUCAACAGCAUACUAAAUACAAAACAAUCGUUGCCUAAGAUGUAAUUGAAGCUAUAUACCUGA